GCUCUAAUAGAUCGAUCGGGAGACUCCCGUUCGCUACGUAAACCCUAGCGGCUUGGAGGUAAAAGAGAAGAAGAAGAAGAAGAAGAAGAAGAAGAAGAAGAAGAAGAGAGGAGGGGGCGGCCACGGUAAAGGGGCUUCGAUCUCUUUUCCUUGACGAGUAGAUGAAGAAAGGGAUACAUCCACAACUGCAAUGGAUUUCAUAUGUGACUCAGACUGGUAGAUUGAUUAAUGUUAUGAUGACCAGAUUACACCGUGUCGGCCGUGUCUACCAGUUGAGACCUAGGCGUCAGAUGGCACCAACUCUGAGCCAGAUUGCCAAGUUCAACCUCAGAUAUGGUCUGAAGAAUGAGGAAAAUAGUGAAAAAUAACCUGUCCUUGUAUUCAGCAUGUGAGGUACAUCGAUAGGCACUACAUUUGGAGAUUUGGACAAUUUAGUUUCAGACACUUGCUAAAACUCUGUUUUUGAGUUUCAAUGGUGUGUGAGAUAUGUUGCUCCCAAAAUCGCCUAUGAAUAAGAACUUUAUCCCGCACAUUAGGUGGGUUCCGCA